AUGGAGUUGAAGGCUGCCACUGUUGGGUUGUCCCUUCCAAUAUCAUUCCAGACUUCUUCAGCAAUUGAGCAGUAUUCAGUUGGAAUCUUCCUCAAGCUUAUUGCAUUCUUCUUGUUCGUGUUUUUUGCUGCCAAGAGAAUCAUCGGCAAACAUUUAAGUGUGAUAUACUGGCUAGGCCUUCGUACCAUCGCCACCGAAACCCUAGAAGGGAUCGCACAAGGCAGAACAAGGAGGCAUCCCGUCCUCGCCUUCUCUAUCCAGAUCUCCUCUCGGCUCGCUCGAUUGAUCUCGCGAUGGUCCACCGGAGAGCUCGCCUGCUCCUACGCCGCCCUCAUCCUCCACGAUGAUGGGAUCGCCAUCACGGCUGAGAAGAUUUCCACCUUGGUGAAGGCCGCCAAUCUGAAGAUAGACUCCUACUGGGCUCCGCUCUUCGCCAAGCUGCUCGAGAAGAGGAGCGUGGACGACCUCAUCUUGAGCGUUGGUUCCGGGGGAGGCGGUUCUCCUGUUGCGGUCUCAGCGCCGGCUGGUGGUGCAGCUGCGCCUGCUGCCGCGCCGGAAGCUGAGGAGAAGAAGGAGGAGCCGAAGGAGGAGAGUGAUGACGACAUGCGGAUUCAGCUUAUUCGAUUAGAGAGCUUUGGCUACUUUCUUUCCUUUCAAUUUUAAGAUGGGAGAAAUUUUUCAUUUUAUUCGUAAGAGCUGUCAUCAUUUAGAUUUUCGAUGCUGGAAUGUGUUUGAGUUGAUACAUCUGAAGAGAUCGUUUUACGUUUA